AUGAGUUCGUGCAGUAGCAGAGCGCUGACUAUUCUGUCCACGGUGUUUGGGGCGUGUGGUCUGCUGCUGGUGGGCGUGGCUGUGUCUACAGACUACUGGCUGUUGAUGGAGGAGGGCAUCGUGCUGCAGCAGAACCAGAGCAUGGAGGUCAAGAUGGCCCUGCACUCUGGCCUCUGGAGGGUCUGCUUCGUGGCGGGGACAGAGAACGGGAGAUGUGUGGCGUCAGAGUAUUUCACUGAGCCAGAGAUAGAGAUCACCACAGAGAAUACUGCUAAUAUUCUUAAGAUGGUGCGGACGGCCACUCCGUUCCCCAUGGUGUCUCUGCUCUUCGUCUUCACGGCCUUUGUCAUCAGUAACAUCGGACACAUCCGGCCCCAGCGCACCAUCCUUGCCUUCGUCUCCGGGAUCUUCUUCAUCCUCUCAGGCCUGAGUCUGGUGGUGGGGCUGGUGCUCUACAUCUCCAGUAUUAAUGAUGAGGUGAUGAACAGACCGAGGGAGCCUGAACAGUUUUUCAACUACCGCUACGGCUGGUCGUUUGCCUUCGCAGCCUCCUCCUUCCUACUCAAGGAGGGGGCUGGGGUGAUGUCAGUCUAUCUGUUUAUGAAGCGUUAUGCUGAGGAGGAGAUGUACCGCCCCCACCCAGCCCUCUACCGCCCCCGUCUGUCUGAGUGCAGCGACUACAGCGGCCAGUUCCUCCACCCUGAGACCUGGCCUCCUCCUAAGAGGGGCCGCAGUGACUCCCGGGCCUCCAGCGACAUCUCCAUCCAGAUCAACCAGACCCCCCCGCAGCCCACCAAAAAAAACCUGCAGGGCAACCAAGGUGGGGGCAUGGGGUCCAACAUGGGCCCUGGGUCUGGGUCCUCCUCUGGAGCUAGCUACCAGCUGCCCCCACCAUCUGGGGCCUACAACACCCACACACUCCAACACCAACACUCACACGGUAACUCCCAGGCCAUGGCCAUGCCCCCUUCCACCGGCCCCCCUCAUUACCACACACACAUGCACAUGGACGCCUCCCCCUGUUAGAGAGAGGGAGCGCAAGGGACAGGGACAGGGAGGAAGUAAGUGUGGAGAGCAAGAAAUAUGGAGUAAGUGUGAAAAGGGAGCGUGAGAAUGAUUGAGGGAUUAGUGUUAACAUACAUUUGGUAUUAAAAACUGAGAGAUGGGAAGAGAGAGAGAGAGAAAGAGGGUUCAGGAGAGGUGGAAGAGUUGUCAAGGAUAGAGAGAUGAGGGGGAUUUUUACAAUUUUAUUUUACCUUUAUUUAACUCGGCAAGUCAGUUAAGAACAAAUUCUUAUUUUCAAUGACUGCCUAGGAACAGUGGGUUAACUGCCUGUUCAGGGAUGGAGAGAAAGUGACGGAGAAUAAGGUAUGUGAUUUCUUGAAAGAGGUUUAGAGGUUAGAAUCUGUGACAAA